AUGGACUGCGACUAUUCGAAGCUGUUCUACGCUAAACAUAGUGGAUUGGGAGCCAGCACCAUUACGGCAAGGUGGACACAGAUGGGUCCAGGACCAACGGCCGGCUCGUUGGUCCCGGACGACACCAACGGAUCCGGCGUGGAUGGCGGCAAGCAUCUGGACGUCGGCGACAUGAGCGAUGACGACGAACAGGAUCUGUCGUCGGCGGAUGCCGAGGGUGUCUGGAGUCCGGACAUCGAGCAGAGCUUUCAGGAGGCCCUAGCCAUCUAUCCACCGUGCGGCCGUCGAAAAAUUAUCCUCUCGGAGGAAGGCAAAAUGUAUGGUCGCAACGAACUGAUUGCCCGCUACAUCAAGCUCCGCACCGGAAAGACGAGAACUCGAAAGCAGGUCAGCUCGCACAUACAAGUCUUGGCCAGACGGAAGCUGCGCGAGUUCCAGGCCAAAAUGAAAGUGGAUCACCCGAUGAUGGGUGUGAAGGAGAAAGUCUUCCCGACGAACAUGACCGGCAUGAGCAGUGCUCAGAUCGUGACGAUGGCCGCAGCGAAAGGUCGCCUUCCCCUAGUCAAUCCCUCUUAUCAUCACCACCACCACCACCACCAUCUUCCGUACCACCACCCUCACCAUGCCGGUGCUGCUGGUCAAUUUUGGCAACCAGGAUUGCAGCCGAGCACCUCCCAGGAUGUCAAACCGUUUGCCCAGCCUGGUUAUCCAAUGAAGACGGCCACCGCCGUCUCGGAGGGUGCUUUGCAACCUACCCAUGCUUGGGAGGGACGCGCCAUUGCGACACACAAGUUCCGUCUGGUCGAGUACAGCGCCUACCUGGAGCUCCGCGCUGAAGAGACUUACCACAAGCAUCUGUUCGUGCAUAUAGCGGAUACGCCGGCAAACCCGCUGUUGGAGUCGGUCGAGGUGAAGGAAAUCUACGACAAGUUCCCGCAGAAAUCCGGUGGCCUCAAGGAACUGUACGAGAAGGGCCCAAGCAAUGCGUUCUUCCUCGUGAAGUUCUGGGCGGACCUUAACACGAACAUCGCCAACGACGCCGGCGCGUUCUACGGCGUCAGCAGUCACUACGAGAGCAACGACAACAUGGUGAUCACCUGCUCCACCAAGGUGUGCUCCUUCGGGAAACAGGUGGUGGAGAAGGUCGAGACGGAAUACUCCCGCAUCGAAAACGGUCGCUACGUGUACCGGAUCAGCCGAUCGCCUAUGUGCGACUACAUGAUCAACUUUAUCAACAAGCUGAAGCACCUUCCGGAGAAGUACAUGAUGAACAGCGUACUGGAGAACUUCACCAUCCUGCAGGUCAUAUCCAACAAAGACACCGACGAAACGCUAUUGUGCGUCGCGUUCGUGUUUGAGGUAUCGACCUCCGAACACGGUGCGCAACACCACAUCUACCGUCUGGUGAAGGAAUAG